CAAACUUAGCAGGCCAAGGUACAUAUUCAUUUCCUCCUCAAUAAAAUCAUAUCCGCAGCUAGCAUCUGUUUCUAGCUAUUUCUGCCUCACUCAUGGAACUGAAUAAGUCAUCCUCCCCGGAAAAAUCGGAUCCUGCGGUAGCUGCUACCACCACCAACGAUGAACAAUGUUCUAGCCCCCCUCAGGCUCAGGCUCAGGCUCAGCCUCGAACGUAUGAGUGCAAUUUUUGCAAGAGAGGAUUUUCAAAUGCACAAGCUCUAGGAGGCCACAUGAACAUUCAUAGAAAAGACAAGGCUAAGCUGAAGCAAACAAGUCCCAUCCCCGAAUCUCGUUCUCAACAGUUCCUGGAAAUUCCAAAAACAGCACUCUCUCCUGCGACAAAUUUGGUUAUUAAUCCAACAAGGUCUACAUUUCCUGAAAGAAGAGAUGCAGUUGCUGCUAACUGGACUUGGAAUUACAGUUCAGAAAAUCGUGACACGGCAUCAAUAAUGAGAAGUGAUCAGGGCUAUGUAGGAGAACCAAAACAACUUCCUUUGUUCAAUGAAGCAACAACAUUAAGAGUAGUGGAUGAUCAUCAAGAUCAGAAACAGUCUUAUGACAAGGAAUUAUCUUCAUCGUCUAGCCAUGGUGAUCACGAUGAAGAUCAUGAUGAGUUGGACCUUGAGCUUAGGUUGGGACAAGACCCUAGUUUGGAUUCAUCAUCAUCAACUGCAAAGAGUACCAGGAAGUUCUUCUGACCACUGUUCAUUUUUAUUUAUAUGAAUCUCUUCCUGCAGCUAUUAUAUUCUCUUUUCAUUUCAUUUAUUUAAUUUGUAAUUUUAAUCAUUGAGUAUCAUGACAAUACCACACAAUUUGUUUGAUUAAAACUAUUCCUUUGCAUUAUAAAAAAGAU